GGGCGACGUGAUGCUUCCGCCCGGCACUCCCAGCUGCUAAGUCUGCCCUGCGAAGACUCCGCGCGCGCUUAAGGCGCACGUUGUUUACUUUGGCCGCAUGGCUUUGCAGAGCUCGGCGGUGAAAUUCCGCAGGAUCCUGGCUCAUUUCCCUCAAGAGCUCAGCCUAGCUUUUGCUUAUGGGUCCGGGGUCUUUCAGCAAGCGGGGGCCUCUACCGUGGAAACGGGGAACAAUAUGCUGGACUUUGUGUUUGCUGUUGAUGAUUCUGUGACAUGGCAUAUGAUGAACCUGUUAAAGAAUCGUAAUCAUUAUUCCUUUCUAAAAUAUUUUGGGCCCAAGCCAAUCAGCAACGUACAGAACUAUGGAGCAGGGAUUUACUACAAUACACUAGUGCCUUGUAAUGGCAGGGUUAUAAAAUAUGGUGUUAUUAGUACUGAUGUUCUGAUUGAAGAUUUGCUUCGCUGGAAGACACUCUAUGUAGCUGGACGACUACAAAAGCCGGUGAAAAUCCUUACUCAGAAUGAGAACGUUAAGCUGCAAGCUGCCCUUGCUAGUAACUUGAAGAGUGCAGUCACAGCAGCCUUUCUUAUGUUACCUGAAAGUUUCUCUGAAGAGGAUCUUUAUAUGCAGAUUGCUGGGCUCUCUUAUUGUGGUGACUUCAGAAUGAUAAUUGGAGAAGAUAAGUCAAAGGUUAUGAACAUAGUGAAGCCUAAUAUGUUGCAUUUUCAGAAGCUCUACAGUAACAUAUUAGAAGAUUGCCCACAAGUGGUGUACAAGCACCAGCAGGGGAAGCUGGAGAUAGAUAAGAGUCCAGAAGGUCAAUUUGUGCAGCUAAUGGCUCUGCCGAGGACCCUACAGCAACAAAUAACUUUUCUCAUGGAUCCUCCGGGAAAGAACAGAGAUGUGGAAGAAAUUUUACUGCAAGUUGCCCAUGACCCUGACUGUGGAUUAGUGGUACACCAGGGCAUUUCAGGAAUUGUGAGAUCGUCCAGCCUAAUUCAGAGUGCUAAAACCACCCUAACAGCUGGAAUAAAAAAAUCUGUGACUUACAGCAUGAAGAAGAUGUACAAAAUGUCAAAAGGAUGGCUGAGGAAGACAUGACACCCAGAGGGCUGGACUUUUUGAAAAAUCAGCUGAUCCUCUUUGUGGCUGAAGGUUAUUCCCAUUUGACCUGCUGCAUCACCUUGCCUUGGAAAAUUAAGAAUAUGCAGAAACAUGUUUGUGCUAUUUAUACACCAACAGUGUUGCGCAGACUAUAAACACAGGAGAUCACCAGUUUUGGUUUCUUGAAGAA